UAAAGCCCAAAAGAAUUCUGCCAAACGACAGAAAACAAAUAAAACGAAAGCGUUUGGACGCCGACGCAGCAAGCAACGAAGGAAACAACCCACCGUAAGCGAAAAGCAAAUAAACUUAUUAUUAUUCAGCGGAAGAGACAUUCUCUCUUUCUAUUUGUCUCUUUUUUAUCAUUCCAAAUCCUCAGCGUAUUCGCGGAGUACAAAGCUCGAAUCUUUUGGGUAUUGGGUCGUAGGUUUUUCUCUCCGAUUUGCCGAUCGAUCCAAUUCUCAUCCCAAUGGCUACGAUCGGCCACAACAAUCUCAAUGCCAAAUUGGUUCUCCUCGGGGACAUGGGUGCCGGAAAAUCCAGUCUCGUUUUGCGCUUCGUCAAGGGUCAAUUUCUUGAAUUUCAGGAAUCAACUAUAGGUGCAGCGUUCUUUUCUCAGACAUUGGCUGUCAAUGAUGCGACAGUGAAAUUCGAGAUUUGGGACACAGCUGGGCAAGAGAGAUACCAUAGCUUGGCACCCAUGUACUACAGAGGUGCUGCUGCUGCUAUCAUUGUCUAUGACAUUACUACCCCGGACUCAUUUACGCGAGCCAAGAAGUGGGUCCAAGAGCUUCAAAAGCAAGGGAAUCCUAACAUGGUCAUGGCUCUUGCUGGUAACAAAGCUGACUUGGAAGAUAAGAGGCAAGUGACAGCUGAUGAGGCACGUGUAUAUGCUGAGGAAAAUGGUCUGUUUUUCAUGGAGACAUCUGCAAAAACUGCAGCCAAUGUGAAUGAUAUAUUUUAUGAAAUAGCAAAGAGGUUGCCAAGGGCUCAGCCAGCUCAGAACCCAGCAGGGAUGGUUCUUGUUGAUAGACCUGCCGAAGUAUCCAGAGGAGCUGCUUCUUGUUGUUCAUAAACUCUUAUUUUUCUUUCCUUAAUUAAUUAAUCUUGCUGCUUCUUUUUCUUUCCUGUGGUUUGUAUGCACUAAUCACUUUUGAUGGCACUGUUAUGUGGUGCUCUAGAAAGUGUAUGGCGUUGCCUAAUCAAUGGAAUUUGCAAAAACAGAAUUUUAUGGUCCAAAAUAUAUUCCUUUUGUAUGUAUAUACUCCUGAAUUACCUUGAAUACUAAGUUAUAUAUUUAAUAUUAGAUAUAUGGAAAACAUUUGAUU